UUUCGAACAGUUCGUUUUCAAUGAACCCGAUCAAACAGUCGUUUCAGUGAUUCCUUUAUGUCAUUCCCCUCGGAUCCAUACAAUCCGAUUUCUAAACGAUUCGCUCAGAGAGGUGUUGUUAUUGUGAACGAAUUCAUUCUAAAGAUUCGGCUCAAAUGAAUGAUUCACUCAGGAGUCUGACAUCGUGUUCUUUCGACAAUAUGGACAUUGGUGUUGUGUUUAGGAGAUGUGUUAUAUAAAAUUGAGGUUAUAUUUGUGACGUAAAGUCAGGUAAUGUCAACUAAUGUUGGCGCCAGUCCGGAGCUUCUGUGUUUAUAUGUUUCGUCGUCGGGUAAGAAUGAACUCUCCAUAUUUCACCGAUUCAACAUCUGGAUUAGACACUUCUGCUAGUGAUAGUAUGGGGGAAAGUGCUGUAAAUAAAGGAGUCCGUAGAUUGAGAUCCAGAAUGGCUCAAGGGCUCAAAUCAGAAGAUGAUCCUCCAAAAGUGAAAGCAGAAGUACUCGAGCAGAGUAUUUCACUGCUGACACAUGCACAGCCUCCUAUAGGUCAGAUGAACUGCACAGAGACUGUGUCAACUUGCAAAAAGACAACCAUAAAAGUGAAGGAAGAAGCAGUGGAUAAUCAAGCCCUUCUGACGUCAUCUAGGAAAACAAGGCGGGGGCGUUUAAAGGUGGAGUAUGAAGAGGAAGGGGCGGAGCUAAAGAGGGAACCGUGUGAUUGGAGAACACAGCUGUCGUUUAUCAGGGAGAUGAGGAGCAAACGGGACGCUCCUGUGGACCAAAUGGGAGCAGAAAAAUGCUACGACACAGAGGCCCCGCCUGAGGUGCGUCGUUACCAGGUGCUGAUCUCCUUAAUGUUGUCCAGUCAAACGAAAGAUCUUGUGACGGCUGGCGCUAUGCAGAGAUUACGUGAGCAUGACCUCAGCGUGGACGCCAUACUCAACAUGGACGAGGAGACUCUGGGCAAACUCAUCUACCCUGUGGGCUUCUGGAGGACAAAGGUGAAGUACAUCAAGCAGGCCACGGCUCUGAUCCAGCAGGAGUUUGGCGGAGACAUUCCUGACACGGUGGAGGGUCUGAUGCGUCUGCCGGGCGUCGGCCCUAAGAUGGCCCACUUGGCCAUGGACAUCGCCUGGAACCAGGUUUCAGGCAUCGGCGUGGACACCCACGUCCACCGAAUCUCAAACAGGCUCGGAUGGACCAGAAAAGAGACCAAGACACCAGAGGAGACACGGAGAGCUCUCGAGGAGUGGUUACCACGAGAUCUGUGGAGCGAGAUCAACUGGCUGCUGGUUGGUUUCGGGCAGCAGGUGUGUUUACCUGUCGGCCCGCUGUGCUCCGUGUGUGUGAAUCAGCACACCUGUCCCGCCGCACACCGAUCCUCUCCCAGCAAGAAGCUCAAGACCAGUCCAGCAUCUCCAACACCACAGGUUAAAGGGAACCUGGGACAGGAAAAGCCCAGAGGAAACCGACGGAAGGGGAAAGCAGGAGCGCCACCAUCAGGACAGACCUCUGUCUUACAUUCAGCUUGAACUGAGGACUGUUAAAUUCAACACAAAUAUCACAUCACAUUGAUUACGUUUGUUAUCAAAUAUAUUGUAACUAAAUGGAAAAUGUGUUUUAUAUUAGUUUUAGAUUAAAGGACAUUGUUAGAACA